AUGGCAAAGGAGAAGGUUAUUGUUAUAAUUCUGCUCUUGUUCCUUGCAACAACAGUUUUGGCCAGCGAUUCGUCCUGGUGUGAUCCUGAGCUGUGUUCAGAGGGUGCCACUCAUGUGGCAUGCAACAAUGAUGGCGAAUUUCACCAGAGUUGCCCGGCAGAUGCUGUGAUGAUCAAUUUAAAGCCAUAUCGAGACUUUAUCGUGGACGAACACAAUAAACGGAGAAAUUUCAUAGCCGCAGGACAACUACCUGGAUAUUAUCCGGCAGCACGCAUGGCCACAAUGGUGUGGGAUGAGGAACUGGAGUAUCUGGCUACUCUAAACUUGAAGACAUGCAAUCUGGAGCACGAUGACUGCAACAAUUCGUAUCGCUUUCGCAAUGUUGGACAGAAUUUGUGCGGUGUUGAUCGACCACGCAAUUUUCCAUUGAAUGUAAAAAACAUCGUGGAGAAUUCCAUGGGUCUCUGGUUUGGCGAGUAUCCGCUAAUCGAUAGCAGCUACAUAACCCAGUUCCGUGUGGCGAGGCAUCUGGAUAAAUAUGGACACUUUGCGGAGACUGUUGUGGAUCGGAAUACACAUGUUGGCUGUGCCAUGAUGCGAUUUACCAAUCCCCAAUACCCCUUCCUCUACAUCUACAACAUGGCCUGCAACUAUGCCAGCACCUAUGCUGUCGGAGUUUAUGUAUAUAAGGCUGGUGAGCCUGCCUCCGAAUGCACAACGGGUUCUAAUCCCAAGUAUUCCGCACUCUGCUCUCUCAAAGAGAAAUAUAAUCCAAAUUACAAUGAAUAUUAA